AGGGAUUACACCCUGCGCACAAACACCGCGUCCACGCACCAGUCAUGCCGUAAAGGGCCACAUUUACUGACUGGUAAUCCUUGUCGCAGGUAUGACAUUCUUCAACGCACCGACAUUCCACAGUAAAACCAGAGAAAUCCGAGGUGCCAGGAAUCUGUUUUUUCGUGCCGGUGUUUGACGUGCUCAACUGAAACAGUCUCUCAGAGUCUAUCAAGUGUUUUAGGCGAGUGCCUAGGCAAACAUUUAGUUCACAGAAGGAUUAAGAAUGUAAAAAUCUCCAUCAUCCCUUCGACUAAUUCAGGAAUCCAAAUGGCAGAUGUGAGAGUAUUUACUUUGUUCCUGCUUGUGUUUGGCAUCCAAGCAUCACUCCUCAUCUUACCAUUUCAAGCUGAACAAUCCUGUCUGAUAUCUGCUGACCAGCGCACAGCAGACUGCCGAGGCCAGCGACUGGAGCAAGUGCCUGUGGAGGAACUGCCUUCUUCCCUAGAGAAGCUAGAUCUUUCCUAUAACAUUCUACAGGUUAUCAGAAAUGAUGAUUUCAUUGAACUACCUCUCCUCACCGUCCUCUGGCUUAAGUUUAACAAUAUAUCUUUGAUUGAAGAUGAGGCCUUUCACAAAAAUCUACUACUGGAAGAAGUGAAUAUGUUCAAUAACUCAAUGACUACCAUUCCAUCAAAAGCUCUUGCACCACUCAGCAGGCUUAAAAUUUUAGAGAUGGCAAAUAAUCUCUACACUGAGGCAACUCUGGAUGAUGUGUUUUUGAAUUUCAAGAGUCUAAAACUAUUGUCCUUGGGUGGUCCUGUUCUGAGCACUUUGAAAAAGGGGGAUCUUGAUGUGUUAGCCAACAUACAUCUGGAGAGGAUUGCUAUUAGUACUGGUUCUAGCCUGGAUGUUUAUGAUCCAGGGUAUCUCAAGAACAUCCAAACUGCAAAUUUGUGGCUGGAUAUAGCCAUAGAUAACAGAACAUAUGCACUUCCUCUGAUACUAAAAGACAUUGAAAACAAAACAUUUGAAGCCAUUCGUUUCCGUAAUCUCUUUGCGUUUAUGUACUAUACCGACACAGAGGAUAUUUUCUAUGGCUUACAAAAUAUAAACUCCCAGUUGCUGACCUUUCACCAUGGGAAAUUCAAUGAGGACCUCCUAAGAAUGGCCCUUAUGAAUUUAGCAAAAAGUGAGAUUAAAGCUCUAGGACUGUUCUUCGUUGAUUUUACCCUGUCACAAACAUUUGUGAAUAGUGAGGAGGAAUCCAGUCUGACAAACCUAGCACUGGACAUGUUGGUUUUGUCGGAUAUCAGCAACCCAGACAUCCUACGCUUUGACUGGAGUUUUACAUGGUUAAACAAGAUCCGUCACCUACGCAUCAACAAUGUGAAUUUUAAUAUUGUGCCCUGUGAUGCAUGGGAGGAGAUGAGAGGGGUUGAAAUACUUGAUGUAUCCAAAAACAAUCUUAAGGACAAUUUUCUCUUUACCCAGCAAUGUGACUACACAGAUAUAAUGUCAGCGCUUCACACCUUUAAUCUCAGCAAUAACAAACUGACCAGCCUCAGCUCUUUUGCAUCUCUUGCUGGGGAGUUUAGUAACCUACAGGUAAUUGACAUCAGUCACAACCAGUUGGGUUUUAAAGGGAACAGCCCCUGCUCUUGGAAACAGAACAUCACCACAGUCAUCGCUAACCAUAACAGUAUGGUUAUUGACAGCUUCAGAUGUCUCCCAACUACUGUAUUGUACCUCGAUCUCUCCUACUGUAAUUUAGACCAAUUAGAUGUGAACUACUUCAGGAAGGCCAUCAAUCUGAAGGAGGUCUACCUCAGUGGUAACAAAAUUAAAUUCAUUCCCUCUGACUGGAAGAGCCCCAGUUUAAAGUCACUGGCUUUGGACGGAAACUCUUUUGGGAUUAUUAGCAUGAGGUCUUUCAAGGGAAUGCCUAACCUGGAGCAACUCAGGGCAGGUAACAACCCUUACUAUUGUACUUGUGAGCUCCACAAUUUCAUACAGGAAACUGCAAUCAAGGGCAAUGUUAACAUCACAGACUGGCCGGAAAACUACAGGUGUUACCACCCAGAAGACCUACUCAAUACAAUGGUAUCUCAUUAUCUCCCUGGUCAGAUAGUGUGUGAUAUCAGGCUGGUCAUUGCUACCUCUGUAGUCACCACGGCAGGUGCCGUGCUAGCACUCAUGCUAAUAUGCUAUUUCUUUAAUAUACCAUGGUAUGCUAAAGCUACAUACCAAAUCCUUAGGGCCAAGUAUAGGUCUCAUAAAGAAGAACUAAAGCUUUCCAUGGACUAUACUUUUCAUGCCUUCAUUUCCUAUAGCCACUCAGAUGCAGACUGGGUAAGGGAUGAGCUGUUACCAUGUCUGGAGAACUGUAAGCCCCCUUACCGUCUUUGUAUCCAUGAAAGAGACUUUAUGCCAGGAAAAUGGAUCAUUGACAACAUAAUUGAGAACAUUGAAAACAGUCGGAAGGUUAUCUUUGUCCUGUCACGGCACUUUGUGAACAGUGAGUGGUGCAACUAUGAGCUCUACUUUGCCCAGCAGCGAGCCAUGGGCAUGGGCAAGACCAGUGAUGUCAUCCUAGUGGUGAAGGAACCCAUCGAUCCAAACUCCCUGCCCAGCAAGUACUGUAAACUCAAAAAGAUGCUGAGCAACAAAACCUAUUUAGAGUGGCCUGAACAGCCCAAACAUCAAGCCUUCUUCUGGGAGCAGCUGAGGAGUGUCAUGGGAAAACCUAACCUCACACGGCAGUUUUCAUCCUCCAUGCGCAGGUGUUCCACAAGAAUGAACACAGUGUCUGUGAUUGAGCUAGUCCACGAGAAUCAAAAGUCUGCAGAUUCUGGUCCAAAGAUAGAUGAGGCAUCAGAGAUUAAACUUCAGAUUGAAGGAAAAGCUUGAGGUCUUCCACAGAAAAGCUCAGAGGAUCACUCAGGAUAUCACUGAUGUAGAUAGCUUAAUAUUAAUGAACAGUGAAUAAGUUGUGCUGAUGCAUAUCACAAUGAAGUGCAUCUUGCGAAAGCUAUUAGUGCUUUUCCACUGGAUGGUGCUGCACUGCUCAGUGCAAAAAACUAACCAUGAUCCCGCAUGUUGUCAUUUUUCCACUGCCAAGCAAGCUGUUCCACAAUCUAAUUACCCGUGCUGAAUUUGUUUACUGUUCUUGCCCACAUACCAUGCAACCAAGCUGGUAUAUAUACAGACAGAUGACAAUUUAAAGGAAAAAAACAACAUGAAGUGUCUUAGUAAGAUGUCAGGCUACCACAAGCUUCAGUGCUCCUUGGCAUAUAUUCUACAAGUCUCUGGAACUAUGCUGAAAGGAUAAACAGCAUUUAUGCAAAGGAUAUUCCCUCAAUUGGUGUUUUGAUCAUGGUGGUUGAGAGCACUGUCUAACACAUCGGUUCAAAAUUUCCCAUAGGUGUUAACGUGGGUUGAGAUCAAA